GCCUGUCAAUGGAGUGAAAGGGAUUGGGCGGCUUGGCGGUCUCAGGAAUCUCUUCUUACGCUAUCAGGGUCGCCUAGGAGACGGGCCGAGAGUCGAGAGGACUGAGCCUCUCUAUGACAGCGGCGGCGCAGAGAGGGACGAUGGGUCCGCUGGUGGGGGCCAUCGAUCAAGGGACCAGCUCUUCGCGCUUUUUGGUCUUUAAUGCGAACACUGCUGAGCUGCUGAGUCACCACCAAGUAGAAUUAAAACAGAAAUUUCCCAAGGAAGGGUGGGUAGAACAAGAUGCAUCGGAAAUUCUACAAUCUGUCUAUGAAUGCAUGGAAAAAACAUGUGAGAAAUUGAAGCAGCUGAAUAUAGACAUUGGCAACAUAAAAGCUAUUGGGAUUAGCAAUCAAAGAGAGACAACUGUGGUUUGGGACAAGACAACUGGAAAACCUCUGUAUGAUGCUAUUGUUUGGCUCGAUCUUAGGACCCAAUCUACGGUUGACAAGCUGCUUGAAAAAAUUCCAGGGCACGAUAAAUCUUUUUUUAAGAGUAGGACUGGCCUCCCACUUAGCACCUACUUCAGUGCUGUGAAACUUCGCUGGCUUCUGGACAACGUAAAAGGUGUUGAGCAAGCGGUGAAAGAGGGGCGAGCUUUGUUUGGUACUAUUGAUUCAUGGCUUAUAUGGAGUCUGACAGGUGGAAAAGAUGGAGGUGUUCAUUGCACUGAUGUAACCAAUGCCAGUCGAACACUGUUGUUCAAUAUACACUCAUUGGAUUGGGAUGCUAAUCUCUGCAAUUUUUUUGAUAUUCCUAUAGACAUACUUCCCACAGUGCGGAGUUCAUCAGAAAUUUAUGGACUGGUGAAAAUCUCCCCUAGCCUGACUUCUGGAGCCUUGACUGGUGUACCAAUUUCUGGGUCCUUAGGUGACCAAUCUGCUGCUUUAGUAGGACAAAUGUGCUUCAAGGAUGGGCAGGCAAAAAAUACAUAUGGGACAGGCUUGUUCUUGCUCUGCAAUACAGGUCAUAAGCCUGCGUUGUCUGAACAUGGCCUUUUGACCACAGUGGCUUACCAACUGGGAAGAGACAAACCUGCGUGCUAUGCAUUAGAAGGCUCUGUUGCCAUAGGAGGUGCUCUUGUUCGUUGGCUGAGGGACAACCUGGGCAUUGCAAAGUCCGCAAAUGAAAUUGAAAUGCUUGCUGCUGAAGUGGGAAAUUCAUAUGGCUGCUGCUUUGUCCCAGCAUUCUCAGGAUUAUAUGCUCCAUAUUGGGAACCCACUGCAAGAGGAAUUAUUUGUGGCCUUACUCAGUUUACAAACAAAAAACACAUUGCUUAUGCUGCACUAGAGGCUGUUUGCUUUCAGACACGAGAGAUAUUGGAUGCCAUGAACAAAGACUGUGGGAUACCACUAAGCCAAUUACAGGUUGAUGGAGGAAUGACAAACAACAAGAUCCUCAUGCAGCUCCAAGCGGACAUUCUCUGUAUUCCAGUAGUAAAAACAUCCAUGCCUGAAACCUCAGCACUGGGAGCAGCAAUGGCAGCAGGAGCUGCAGAAGGAGUGGGAGUCUGGAGUCUAAAUCCUGAUGACUUGACAGCAGUGACUUGGGAACGAUUUGAGCCACAGCUCGAUCCUAAGGAAAGUGAAUGUCGCUAUGCCAAGUGGAAGAAAGCUGUUAAGAAGUCAAUGGGCUGGGUGACCUCAGAACCUCAUACUGGUGGUGAAACUAGUAUCUUCUGUAGUCUGCCUUUGGGCUUCUUUAUAAUGAGUAACCUGUUAAUGUUAAUCGGAGCAAAGUACAUCUCAGGUACAUCCAAGUGAGGCAGCUUCAUGAAUUUCUAGAAGACUGCAAUGUUUGAAGAGAAUCCAGUGCUCUUCCAAUCUCAUUUAUUGUCACAAUAACACUUGUGAGAAUUUAGGGAUGGACUUGAAUAUGGUAUACAAAAGCAUUACUGCCUUGUUCCAAGGGGAGGAGGGGUAGAAAUCUUUAUUUAUUUAUUAUUAAUUGUAUAUACCGCCCCUCCCCCAAAGGGCUCUUGUUAGUUUCCUCAUCUAAUAUCACCUUUUCAUACCUCUCAACCCAGACAAAAUUUGCCAUAAAAAUUGAUUUAUUUUUAAAAAGCAAAUCUUGGUUCUAGAACUGAGAACUAUAUACAAGUUUAUAGAGUGAUGGUGGUUCCUUCCAGUUUCUAUAAACUACUUAUUAUUAGGCCAAAGUCAAAGAUGUUACCACUGAAAACAUGAACAGCCUUAUCCACUCUCAGUCUUCAAUUAUUCAUUUUUCUCUUCUCAAAAUGGUGAUUAAUUGGUACUGGUUAAACUAAAUCCUGGUUAAACUAAGUUCUGUAAGGGUGCCACAUGCCACCUCAAACGGUUAAUCAUGGCUUUUUCCCACCACGCAAAAAAGUAUUUUAAAGCUAUUGUUUCUUCUCACUUGCAUAACCAUUGGUAGGCCAGAGCACCAAGAACCUAUUCACUUGACGUACCCUAAUACAGACUUGAUUGGAAUGAAGAAAAAAAGGCUGUGAAGGAAUGGAUUUGAGAAGCUUUAGAAAGAAACACCUAUUGUGUUCUUGGUUUUUAUCUGAUCUGUUUAUUACAUUUAGUGUAAAAGUGUGGACCCAAAACUGCUUCUGAACUCAGCAUGGUGGUGUGCUAAGCUGAAGAAGUCAAGGCACAAGUUUCAGAUUCUGUGCACUCAUAAUGAACACUUACUUUCUAGGCAGGAAAGUUCAAAAUUAAGCAGAAUCUUUUUUGUAUUAGAGCUGUAGUAGAGGGGGCAAUGAAAUGUUUUUUCUUCAAAACAUCAACAGUAAACUCAUCCCACUCAUAGACAGACAUUAUUCCCCUUUUUUGCCUUCAUCAGCACCACCAUCCUCAUUUUGUUCUUUGUCUCUUUGCUGAACUUGGGAAAGACAGUGAAGGAAGAGAGAAGGUCAAUAAAAGGGGACUGGUGUGAGAAAUAAGCAGGUAAACGGGUACUUCUUCAACUUCCUGAAUCUGACAGGAUUUAAAAAUCUGGGGAUACUUCUGAGACUCCAACAAAAAUCUGUUCCUAGUGUUUCCCUUCUUCCAUGCUGCUCCCUGCCCAAUAUUGCAUCCAAUUCAUCACAUUAUUAUUUGUAUUUGAGAGACCUCUUUUCUUCCUUUCGAUGACAUUAAAAUUUGUUUCUAGAACAUUAGGGGAUAUAGUUGAACUCGUGCAGUUUUUCUGGGUAUGCAGACUCCCUAGAUUGCUAGAACACACCCUAAAUUUGUGGUUGGAAAUUGAUCCCAUGGGAAAUAAAUGAGAGGACUAAAUGUAUUCCUCAUUUUCUCCCACAAAAUCUUACUAAAAGACUUAUUUUGGUAGAUAAAUAAGUGAGCUUGGUGCCAUCUUAGCAUGAAAUGCACAACACUGUAUCUCUGUAGGCAUGCUAGGAACUAAAGGGAUUGUGCACUCAAACUGUUUCCAUAUCUGUUUUGAGUGAAAUAGUUUCUAUUUUCACAAACUGUUUGUGUAGAAACCUGAGAAAACCAGGGAACUUAAGAGAAAAUGUUAAGCUUUGAAAAUGCAAGGUGUAUCAGGUAUGUACAGGAUAUUUAAUAUAAAUGCCUUUCAUUAAGUGCAAUGAAAUUGUUAAAUGUAUAAUGACUGAAACUGCUGCAUUUAUGUAUUGGUGUAAAAUACCAUUCCCUCUGCAUUACCAUUGUAGUCUGGGUGAAUAAUGAGUUUGUCUUAUAGAUAAACAUUAAUGGCAAAGGUAAUUUGGAUGUUUAAUUUUAUUUGUGACUUACCUGUAAAUGUCAGCUUGAGAAAAAUACUUAUGAAACUCCAAAGAUCAACCCAGUAACUUGGAGAAUGGGUACCAUAAGGCCUGUGGACCAGAUAGUUUGGCGAGUUUUAUCCUGGAAUAUACAGCCUUUGUCUGCUACAAUGUAGCCAUUUUCCCCUUGUACAUUUAGCAUUUAGAGGAAAUUGGAGAGUCUGAACUUUUCUUGGGGCAGAUACAUUUCUAUCAAUUUGUGCUUGGAAGUCUGUGUAGUGGGCACAAUCCUGGGACAACAGUUGUGCAAGAAUAUUGGGUUUUUAAGUUAUAAGUGCCAAAUAUUAACUCCUUUUCCCAAAUAAAUUCCAAAAAAGGAAAUCUGAAAUUAACAUAGGAAACCCCAAUUUUCUUGAUUGCCUUUGUGUGUGUUCUGUUGCUGCUUCCCAUGACAUACUAUGACUAGUGGUUUUAGUUAUGGUUUUGGGAAUAAGACAUUAAAUUAUUUUUAUGAAUAUCACUGCCACAAUUUUAUAAAAUGUACUUAAUCCCACUGUUAUUUCUACAAACGUGUUGAACUAAUAAUAGUGGAAACCUUCUUUUCUUCUUGUAAAUAGAAAGGUGUUGGGUUUUUUUCUUAUAAAAUAUAUGUCUUUAAAAUUCUGAAAUGGAAAUAUAGGAAGUAUGGAAUAGCAACACAGGCUGGUAUGGCAGUACUAGAAAUAAAUGUGACAAUGUCCUAAAUCCUGUUGGCAAUUAUUUUUGCACAUAGAAACCGUUAAUAAAAUUUAAAAAUGCAGUCAA